UCAGGCUGCGGAGGGGAAAGAGAGCGGGGGGAAGCCCAAGGAGGAGUCCCCGCCUGCAGCGGCCCCAUCAGCAACGGCAGAAGCAGGAGGAAGGAGAGCUGGAAGGAUGCAGAACCCGGGGAGAAGCUGACCCUGGGGGGGGAGCCCGGCCAUGGCCUUCCUGGGGGGAGCCCGGCUCCUGGACUGGGCCAGCUCCCCCCCUCAUUUGCAAUUCAACCGCUUCGUGCUAACGGGCUACCGGCCGGUCAGCUCCGGGUCCGGUUGUCUCCGCAGCCUCUUCUACUUGCACAACGAGCUGGGCAACAUCUAUACCCACGGUAUCCCUCUGCUGGGCUGUCUCUUCGUGCUGCCAUUGACCAUUCCAUGGGCUCGACUUUCAGAAUCAUGGCUGGGAAUAGUGCACUAUUUGGCUUGCAUUUUUCCACAGCUGGGCAGUGUGCUUUACCACCUCUUCAUGAAUCAUGAGGGAGGCCCUGCUGUUUACCAUACGUUGCUCACCCUUGAUAUGUGUGGGGUAUGCAUGGUCAACACUUUGGGUGCUCUGCCAAUCAUCUACUGCACGCUGGCCUGCUCUCCACUUCCUCGUACUAUUGCCCUGCUGGCCUACACAGGCUUGUCAAGUUAUGGUAUCUUUUGUGCAGUGACUGCUCGCUCCAGUGUCCGGCGCUUACGAGCCUUUGCCUGGCAGGCUCUGUUCCGCUUCUUCUUCUUCUACUUGCGGUGGGUGGGACUAGGCACUGGCAAUCCCACCUCUCUGCGUUCAUACCUCAUUAUGGACGGCCUGGCCUUUCUUGGGGGCGUCAUCAACAUCUCGCGGGUGCCUGAGCGCUGGAAGCCAGGCUGUUUUGACUACUGGUUCAACAGCCAUCAGAUUAUGCACGUGCUGGUGGUGGUCAGUAUACUCUAUCUCCACUGGGGAGUAGUGGCUGAUCUUCAUUGGAUCGCCAACUAUGCCUGUCCAACGGAAUGACUGCAUCAUGUUUGGACUCAUCCCUUCCACAGAAAAUCUGCUGAUUGAGAAGUGGGCAACUUCUAAGGUGUGAGCCAUUGUUCUCAUUGUUCAAGAUCUUCUACAAGGGCUGAAGUGCAUAAGAAAGGACAUCUUCUGGAUAUAAUUUAUUUAAAACAGGCUGCAUUUUUUUCUGUGGGGGUUAUACAGUAAUUUCCUAUUGGUUGAUUAUUCAUGGAUCAACUUGUAUAGGAUUUAUAUACUUCUGAGUCUAAAGUAAUGGAUUUCCACUGCUUGAGGUUUAGAUCAGUUUGUGCUGUUCAACUAUUCUUCCCAAAUUACAACAGGCAAACAUAAUUUGGUUAAAAAAUUGAUCUCUAAUAACAUGUGGGAAAUAAUUAACUGUACUAGUGAAGAUUCCCAUCCCCCCAACUCUUAUUCUUGUUCACUGUAGGACUUUUUGUCAUCAGAGCUAGUCUUCAGGUAGCUUUGAUGGUAGUUGGAAGAACCCUAUUUACUUGGAUCUCUUUUUCAUCUGCAUUGAAGAUGAAAUGGGCACUGGGAAAAAAAUAUAUGCUUGUUCUUAGUAGAAGAUGUUGGAGCUGUGUGCAGCUUCUCUGCUUUUUAGAGACAGUUACUUAAAUACUUUUUAUCCAGGUAUCUUUCAGACACCAUGCAAUACUUUCUUAUUUUUAAAAGGGCUUGUCAGACACCAGAAUAUUAAAAUCUGCUGCAUAGUUUUUCUUUACCUGCCAGAAGGAUAAUUAGGAGCCUUGAAAUUGGAUUUGGAUUGAAGUUCAGGAGCCCAGAUUUCAAGUUCUGGGUACUGUCAUCAACUUUAGGGCCAUGACUCCUUUGCAGCAUACCUCAGUUUCCUAUUUCUCUCUUGGCAGAGUAUGCAAAAGUUUAUGGUCAGAUUGGAGUUCUUUUUCUGCUACCACAUCCCAAUUUUACCCUGACCAGAGCAGUGCUUUUCAAAGCUUUAUAGUUUUGUAUGAAUUUGGAAGAACUCUUUCUACUCCAUUGAUAUGGCUGCUGCAGUUGCAGUAAUCAGUGAUAGGCAAGUGAGAUGCUGCUGUCUUCUCCCCUUUAUUACUGUCCUGACUGGUCCAUUUACUACAGUAGGCUUCUACAUUUCAGUUCACUUCUUUCACUAGCUUCUGGAAUUGGUCCAUUCUGAAAAGUUCACUUUUUAAUUUGACUUGUUUUGGUACAAAUAGAAUCCUGAAUUGAUUCUUCCUCUGAAGAAUUACGUUUUUAACUGCUGGUCCAUGAUCAGAAUUUUUGGGGGAGGGGAGCAUUUUGAGAACCUAAUCAGAAGUGGCAGGUUGAGGUUCAAAACAGCAUUCUAGCAAAUAUUUUUAAAUCCCUUUGAAGACUUCUCUUGGCUCAAAAUUAAGAACUGGGAGCUUAAUUGUAGGUGCCUAAAUUUGGCUCAUAGUCCUUAGCUGCUGAACCAUAUUAGGUACUGAUACGUGUAAGACCAUUGUCUAAAUAGGGGUGAAGUAUGUGUGAUCUUAUAGGCCCUGGUGCUCUUCCACAUCUGAACACUCAGAAACUUGUGCAUAAUGUUAUUUUCAAUGUAAAAUGGAUCUUCAAGUGGAAUUUGUUUUAGUGUUUUAUGGCAGAUCUUAAUAUCACAUUUUUUGGUUUAGCUUCAAAAAUACAUCUAAAUCAAGCAACCCAAUCAAUAUUUGGUAGCCCUUUAUAUUUUGCAUUUAUGUAGAUCACAGUAAUUUGGCUUUUAAAAAGCUAUGUGUAGAUGUUCCUCUCCUUGAAAUGGGGGAUUCUCUAUUUUCUAUGCAGCACUGAAUUACUCUAUAUUGUAUUAGUGAAUGAGCCACAGAGUAUUUAAGAAAAUAGUUAAAAUCUGUUAUGUGACCUUUACUGAAAACUAGUUUUCAAUGUAUAGUAAACCAAACCUAUUUGGAUUUUAAUCUACUUUAGGGCCAAAUAAGAAAAAAAAAAUCCUUGUAUCUUUCUAAGAAUAUAAGUGGCAGUGGAAACUCCUUCCUCCAAGGAAAGAAACUGGGAGAGGGCAGAGGAUGAUAUUGUGACUAACAUAUCAAAUAAACUUAUUUCUGAUUCUUUUAAAGAUCAAAAUUGGCCUCCAGCACCUGGAAAUCCACCUUGUUAAAAACAGACAGACUGAAAAGGAACAAUGUAGAUUUAUAGGCAUGGAAGCCAAUUUUGAUAUUUAAAAGAAUCAGAAAAAACUUAUAUUAGUGUGUAUGUUAGCUUGGAUGUAUCCUCUUUAGAGAAAGUAACUAAACUUGGAUAAAACAUGGAAGUAUCUGAUGUAACUUAACAAGAAGCUGAAGUAGGAAAGUGAGUCAGAUGAGUUCUUGCAGGAACAGGGUGAAAGUUAAAGAAUUUCUGCGUGUUAGGUUGUAAGUAGAUCUGUGUUAUGAAAAGGGAAGGAUUGACCUAAACCUUCCAUGUUAGAAUGUGAAUUUUGUGUCAUACAGCUAUUUUGGAAGAGGGUUUAAUCUGCUGCUAAUCAAGUCUUGUCUCUUGUUAUCUCAGGGUAGAUGGACAUUGCUGAUGUUCACAGCUUCUGAAGUUGAAGCUACACAUAUCUUUAAAAUAAAAGAGCAAGGCACCACAUCCAAAAAUGCACUUCAUGGGAGAGGGAGGGAGAGAUGGGGAUUUUAAGUGCUUAUGGUCCAGAACCUUAAAAAAGGCUGAAAAAAAUUAAAGCUGGGCAGUGGCAGAUUUGUGCUUUUAAUAAAGAAUAUCUAAAAAUGGGGCCUAUAAUAAGAAAUGAACUGCUACUUCAAAUCUGUUGAAAUUCUUCAGAAGCUUCCCCCAUGAUGGCUAGACC